GUGUCAUCAUCUUCUUUAGGACCCCCACCACUGCUGCAGGAGAAGCUCACGCAGUCGUCCACCGCCAAGCGCAGAGGAGAGGAGCGUUCUUCCUGCAUCUUCACAAACGAACAGAAGCAAAGAUUCGCUCAGACACGAGGAUGAGGAGAGAAGCAGGGUGGUGUUUGCUUGGCCUGCUGUGCCUCCACAGCACAGUGUUUGCACAGGAUGUAGAGCCGCCCAUGCUGGGCACCCUGGCGCCCUGCGAUGACCCCACUGUGGAGAAAGCCGUCUUCAGCGCUUUGACCCACAUUAACAAGAACAUUGUUUCUGGUAACAAGCUGGUUCUGUUUCAGAUCCAGUUUGCCAACAAGGUACAGAAUGGCUCAGACUCCGGGUACUUUGUGGAGUUCACCAGCAGGAGGAGCAACUGUCCAGCAGGAUUUGCUAAACCCUGGACAGAGUGUGACUAUGUGAAACGUGGAAGGAAGAAGCCUUUUUCAUGCAACGCCACAGUCUAUCUCACAGACACUGAAACAGAUGUCAAACAUGUGCAGUGCCUCCUGGGUGGCCUAAUCUUUCCAGAAAGAGCUUCCUGUUUGGGUUGUCCUGAAGACGUUGAUGAGAACUCAGAAGACCUCAAGGUUCCCUUCGUUGCCUCCAUCUCCAAAUACAACGCCAUGUCUGACUCCACCCACCUCUACACCCUGAAUGAAAUCGCCCACGCCACCAGACAGGUAAUUGCAGGUUUCCGUUUCCGACUGAGAUUUGAACUGAAGAACACGACAUGUGCCAAAGCUGACCACGAAGAGCUGAAUCAACUGUGCGCCCCCAAUGAGGAGAACCCGGGCUUUGUUAACUGCAACUCUACAGUGGAUUUAGCACCAUGGAGAUUAGAAGCUCCAGAAGUCCAAAUCCAGUGUGAAGAUGGACGACUGCCUAAGACAUUCCAAAGACGACGUCCACCCGGCUGGUCUCCUCUCAGGAACUUCUUGCACAGAGUUCCCUCCACUGCAUCGCCCCCAACACCCCCCCCGACCGCCGCCGCCACCACGGCCGCAACCAAGGAGUCCUCUGAGGAGGAAGUAGGCCUGGCUGAACCCAACAACCCCUUCCACUGCCCUUCCAAGCCCUGGAAGCCACACAAAGGGCAGAAUCCCUUAGGUGGUUCAAAGAUGAUGGGCAAAAAACCACCAGCAAAGGGAGCUUUUAGUGACACAGACCUGCUCUCUGUGUCUUGAAGACCUUAGAUACGUUUUUUUUUUUUUUUUCCAAGUAAUGUUACCUUCAUAGAAAGCAGAUCAUUCAAAAAAGUUGUGGAAAUGACUAUUUAGAAAGCUCUAGAACAAAGAAGUGAAUGAAAAGCAAAAAACCUUAUUUUUCUGAUCUGAACUUACUCAUUAAAAAACAAAACAUCAGUUUUCUAACAUUAAAGUAAAGUAAAUGUU